AUGCAGGGGUUUCUACACUGCACACUCGCCUCCUUGCUCCUAUCUGUGGUGUGGGUGAAGCAGGAGGACCACCAACACCACCUCCAUCAUGAAAUGCACGAGCCCCACCCUGUCCAUGGCAAAGGGGAGGACGCCUGUCACAAGCUAGCCCCACACAAUGCCAACUUUGCCUUUGCCCUCUAUAAGAAGAUUGCCGCCAAGGCAGAGGUUGAGUCCAAAAAUGUGUUCUUCUCUCCACUGGGUAUCACCACUGCCCUGUCAUUGCUGGCCAUUGGGUCCAAAGGUGACACUUACAAGGAACUGUACCAGGCCUUGGGCUACAGCCAGCUCAACACCAGUCAGGUGAAUGAGGCCUACGAGCACCUGAUGCAUAUGCUGGGCCACAGCCAGGGGGAGCUGAAACUGGACAAAGGGAGUGCUGUGGUCUUGCAGGAUGGCUUGCAAAAGUUCCUGGAUGAUGCCAAGCAUUACUACCAAGCCCAGGGCUUGACUGUGGACUUUAAGAAGCCAGAGGAAGCUGUCCAGGCGAUAAAUAAAUUCAUUGCAGAGAAGACUGACAACAAGAUCCCAGACCUAUUGAGCAGUGUGCAAAGUGACACCCUCAUGGUGCUGCUCAACUACAUCUUCUUCAGAGGCAAAUGGGAGAAACCAUUUGAAGAGGAAAAUACUGUAAAGGCAGAUUUCAAAGUGGACGAGAACACCACAGUCCUAGUGGACAUGAUGAAGCGGACGGGCUGGCACAGCUACUACUAUGACCACGAGAACCACACCUCGGUGCUGAUGCUACCAUACAAGGGAAAUGCCUCCAUGAUGAUCCUCCUCCCCUGUGAGGGCAAGAUGAAAGACCUAGAGGCCAUCCUAAGCAAGGAGUAUAUCACACUCUGGCACAAAAACCUCUACAGGACUGUGGUGCAUCUGGAAAUGCCCAAAUUCUCAGUGUCUGGGUCCUACUUCCUGAAGGAGUUUCUCACAGAAAUGGGUGUGGUUGCCACAUUCUCUGAUGCAGCUGACCUGUCUGGGAUCUCUGAGGAUGUUGGCCUAAAGGUGUCAAAGGUGUCCCAUAAGGCUGUUCUCAGUGUGGACGAGAAAGGCACAGAGGCCGCUGCUGCAACUGCUGUGGAGAUGAUACCCAUGUCUCUGCCAGACAUGGUCAGCCUCAAUCGGCCCUUCCUGCUGCUCAUUCUUGAAAGUUCCACCCACAGCAUUCUCUUCAUGGGCAAGAUAGUCAACCCAACAGCCCAGUAGACUCAUCAAUGGCCAUGAUUCUGCAGGAAGCUUUGAGGCUAUUGA